UGCGACGCAAAUAGUGGAGACCAUUAUGUCGUAAAGUUUAUUUUCAACGUUCUACCCUUAAAAUUAUUUUGGCGAAUUUACAUCGCACUUUAUAUCACCGGAAUAUUAAAAAAAAAAAAAAACCAUCUCAUUAAAAACACCUAGCUAUUUUGAUUAGUGCGUUUUCACCUGCUGCAUUAGAAUACUGGGGGAUUCCUGUUUGUCUCUGAAACAGUUUCUACGCCUUAUUCGUAGAGGGUUUUUCACGUGACCACCAUAGCCUUCUAUUGAUUCCUUCGUAGAAGAGAGUGCAUGCGCACCCUCGUCGAUUAUCACUUUCAUCCCUUCUCUCCUCUCUCUCUCUAUUCGUUCACAUAUAUUAAACACAUAUGCAUCCUCUGUUACCCCCUUGUCCCUUAGGUUUCCCCCAAAUACGAAGAGGGGGUUGGUACAUGGUAAGGAGGCGCUGACUUCGGUCAGCAGAACAUGCUGCUGCUGCUGGGUGUCCAGUAGAAAUCCUCAUAGUGGUAGUGGGAGCUUUAAAAUGGGAGAAGGGGUUGCAAGAAGAAUGGAGGGGAAAACGACGGUGGUUCGUAGUGGAGAAAUCCGACAGUGUCACUUCCGUGGUGGUUCUGUACGAUACGUUUGAUUAUUAUUUAUCCAACGUUCUUGUCUAUAACUCGUCAUGAUUAAUUCGUCGCUUUGUUAAGAGAAACUUCUCGAACAGCUUUGCAACGUGCGCGCUUGUUGCUAGGUGGCAGCGACGACUAUUCCAGAGAGAGAGAGAGAGAGAGAGAGAGAGAGAGGGGUGGAAGCGUAGUAAAGGUCGAAGAAAAAAGGGCCUGGACCAUGUCAGGGCGAGGGGCGGAGUGGUGACCUAAAACUCAUCCCUCUGCGUCGAGACCCUCGAUGCUUACGCUACGGCUGGUGUCGACUCAUUUCUUGAAGCAACCAUAGGCAGUGCCCUUCGCCUAAGAGAAAGGGCUCUAAAUGCGAUGUGCCGUGAUAGAGACAUGAACUCAGAGCUAAUCGAGUCAUACGAACUCUUGUUAACGAAGUCUUGCUUCUUCUACUCUCGUUGAAUAAUUAAAAGAAGACGACUUUCCGACCACCAACCAUCAUCAUCAUCAUCAUCAUCAUCAUCAUACCGAAUUUGGCAUAUUCCAAGCUGUGGAGAAUCGCGAGAGAUUGUAUUUGCGGCAGUGGGUCGCGGUGUAGAAGUGGGAUGAGACGUCCUCAGCAAGAACAACAACAUCAUCACCAUCACCAUCAUCACCACAACCACAACAAUCAUCAUCAUCAUAAUCAUCAUCAUCAUAAUCAGCAACAAAACAAUCAGCAUCAAUCUCAUUAUGGAUCGGCAAGUCCAACGCGUUCCCGACAGUCCCAUGAUAAGGACGAGUCUCGCCUUGCAAGAGUGAAGCGAGUCCUCGCAGGAUCAUUCCUUGGCCGUGGCAGAGGAGGAGGUGCUGGUGGAAAUGGUGGAGGAGGCGGCGGGGCUGGUGGAGCAUCAACAAGAAUAUUCGGUACACGGUUAGACUUGAUAGAAUCUUAUCAAGAAACUGGUGUACCUUACGUGGUUCAUCGGCUCUGCAGCUACAUCGAAACUCACGGAUUCCAAAGUGCUGCGGUGUUUCGUUUAUCCGGUGGUAGUCCACGCCUAGCCGAAAGAUUGAGGACAGCAUUCGAAAGAAAAGGGGAUGCAGAUUUAGAAGUUGCAGCUUGCCCAUCCACAGCAGCCACCCUUCUUCGACAGUACCUGAAAGAAUUGCCGCAACCCGUUGUACCGUCCACGUUGGUCGCGAGAUUGUUAAAUCUUCAUAACAAUGAUUAUUCAAAUAAUCACGAAUCCUGGAUUAAAUCGACGAAGGAACUCCUGUCAACCCUCCCGUCCUCUCAUUAUCACUUACUCGGUUACUUGGCGAUUUAUUUAAGCAGAUACGAAGCAAGACACGGACGUAGUGCAGGUGUAUGCGGUGUAUUCGCUCCUGUUAUUUUACCUCACGUACCACCUGCUACAACACUUUUACGAGAUAUCCUUGCCGAAGCACACCUACUGUUUCCCGAUUGCGUUCGUGAGAAUACAUUAAACGGUAUACUUCCGACAGAAGAUUGCACAAUUUGCAAAGAUACAAAAGACGAACGUAAAUUAUCGGAGAGUACAUCGUUACUUUGCGCAUUAAAACCGCGUAAACGUAAGGAACGACGAGAAUCCUGUUGUCAAGAAAGAAAAUUGAUCAGAAGUAGUAGCGAAGAACGUGUUCUUGAUACACCUAACGAUACAUCGGAUACGAUAAGACGUGUUAGUAGUCACGAAGAUUUUAAUAGCGAACAACAUUUGAACAUAUUGUCACAACUUGGACAAGACAUGGGUCAUGGUGUGAGAUGCGGAGGUUUGCCUCUGCACGAGAGAACAAAUGUAUCACCGGUUUCUAAAAAACCAUCACCGGUACCAUCACCAUGCGAAGCAGUAUUGGCAAGCGAGAGAUUUGAAUGUGAUGCUGAACGUUUAAGGAACAGUGAAAGAUUUAGCAGAAGUAUUACUCCAAGAGGAAGAAGACAAGCACGUAGAAGAAGAAUUCACAAAGUACCAGACACUGAUCAAAGUUCAAGCAAGGAAAAUGAAGAACAUGAAAAUAUGUAUACAGUAUCCCCAAGCCCAAAUGAUCACAAUGGAUCACCGGCACAAAGUUUUCUUGAAAUGUUGAGCAGUGGACCUAGCAGGUCUCCAUCACCAGCUCGGCCACCAACCGUUGAUCAUGAAGAUGGAAAUAAUCCUAGUCUAACUAAUUGGGGUUUUCAACAUCGACCAGGAAACGAAGAAGUUUCUGAUGCAAGAGUAGAAGCUAUGCUAUCACCUAGAAAUUCAUUGCUGGUACCUAGAAGAUUCUACUCGGAGAAUAAUGAUACGCAACAAAAUGCACCAAAUAUUUCCGAGAUUGGUUUGAAAAAUUUAACCAAACAUAUUAACGGUUUGAAGAAGAAGAUUAAAAAAUAUGAGGAUGAAUUUGAAGAGAACUUUGGUUAUCGUCCAAGUCAUUCGGACAAAAUGAGUAAUCGUGAUAUCAAAAGAUUAUGCACGGAAUUAAAUAAAUUAAGGAAGGAACAUAAAAUGUUAAAAGAAGAUCCAAUUGGCGCGCUUAUUGCUAAUGCCAAUAACAAAUUAAAUACUGCUGUAAGUCCAACUAAUAAUAAUAACAGUCAAGAAAAAUCGAGAACUGCGUCGAUGGAAGAAAUGGUAAUAGAAGUGGAAAAGAAACUUACAGAAAAACGAUUAAAAUGUAAUCGACCUGAUAACAUGGAAGAAUUGACUUAUGAACAAUUGUUUGACGAAAAAACUGCGGUACAAAAGGCUUUACUUCAUAUUGAAAAUACAUUUGGUAGGCCAGUUUCCAAAGAUGAUAGAUUUAUCGUACGACCGUUGUACGAUAGAUACAGAACUUUGAAAAGAUUACUUAUCAGAUCAGGAGCAAGUAAAAAUAAGGAUAGUAUUUCGGAAUUAGCAACAAUCUUAGAACACGAAGCAAUGGAUUUUACUUCAUCCGCAUUGCCAAACAAUUCAACGGAUGCGGAAAGAAGAGCUAGCGAACCAGACAUGUCUCAUAGAGGCAUAUUAGAUUGUAUUGAAACAGUAGACCAACUUCCAACAGAUAGUGAUAGUCAACACAGUAGUAGUGAAGGAAGUCGUAGCGCUGGUGAAAGCCUUCAUGCUAUGCCACAUGAAGAAUUAUUGGUUCAACAAAGGAUUACAAGGGAAGAAAAGAAACGUCUUCGAAGGGCUUUGAAAGAAUUAGAAGCCCAAUUUGAAGCACGAGCAGGACGUCGUAUGCAAAGAGAAGAUCGUGGCCCCCAAGUCACGACAGUUUAUGAAUCAUACAAACAAACUAAGGCAAGACUUAGACUGAUCGAUGCUCUUUUGGCAAAGAAUGCUUAAUUUCGAUUAAAUUUUAAUAUC